AUGUCCGGGACUACUUCUCAGGCGGAUCCCACAGAUGCCACGGCGCGGACGAUUCUGCUCAACCAACCUCAGAACACCAAGUUCUGUGAUAACCAUGUCAGUACCACUAAGUACGGGGUGCUCACCUUCUUGCCUCGUUUCCUGUACGAGCAGAUCCGCCGGGCCGCCAACGCCUUCUUCCUCUUCAUCGCCCUGAUGCAGCAAAUCCCUGAUGUGUCUCCUACGGGUCGUUACACCACUCUGGUACCACUCAUCUUCAUCCUCACUGUGGCCGGGAUCAAAGAGAUCAUAGAGGACUAUCAAAGACACAAGGCAGACAACACGGUCAACAAGAAAAAGACCACAGUUCUGAGGAAUGGAGCCUGGCAGACCAUCAUAUGGAAACAGGUGGCAGUAGGAGACAUAGUGAAGGUGACCAAUGGGCAGCAUCUUCCAGCUGACAUGGUCAUAGUGUCCUCCAGUGAGCCUCAGGCCAUGUGUUAUACUGAGACCUCCAACCUGGACGGAGAAACCAACCUGAAGAUCAGACAGGGUCUCCCUCUCACAGCUGGUCUCCAGUCUCUGGAGGAGCUGAUGGGUCUCUCUGGCCGUCUGGAGUGUGAAGAGCCCAACAGACACCUGUAUGACUUCACUGGGACUCUACGCCUGGACAACCAAAAUGCGGUUCCUCUGGGUCCUGACCAGGUGCUGCUGCGAGGUGCCCAGCUCAGGAACACACAAUGGGUUGUGGGUAUUAUAGUCUACACUGGACAUGACUCCAAACUGAUGCAGAACUCGACCAAGGCCCCUCUGAAGCGUUCUAACGUGGAGCGGGUGACCAACGUCCAGAUCCUGGUGCUGUUCUGUAUCCUCCUGGUGAUGGCGCUAGUGAGCUCUAUAGGAGCCUCCAUCUGGAACAAACAACACACUGAGGAGGCCUGCUGGUACCUGUCACGCGCCGGUGACAUCUCCACUAACUUCUGGUAUAACCUGCUGACCUUCAUCAUCCUCUACAACAACCUCAUCCCCAUCAGCCUGCUGGUCACUCUGGAGGUGGUCAAGUUCACACAGGCACUCUUCAUCAACUGGGAUGUGGAGAUGUACUACGCGGAGACAGACACACCCGCCAUGGCUCGAACAUCCAACCUCAACGAAGAACUGGGCCAGGUGAAGUAUCUGUUUUCUGAUAAGACAGGAACUCUCACCUGUAACGUCAUGCAUUUCAAGAAGUGUACCAUCGCUGGAAUCACAUACGGCCACUUCCCUGACCUAGAUGUUGAUCGUUCCAUGGAGGACUUCAGUCCCCUGCCGUCCAGCAGUCUUAACUCCACAGAGUUUGAUGACCCCACUCUCCUCCAGAACAUUGAGAAGAGCCAUCCGACCUCUGCUCAGAUCUGUGAGUUCCUGACGAUGAUGGCGGUGUGUCACACCGUGGUUCCAGAGAGAGAGGAGGACCAGCUUAUUUACCAGGCCUCCUCGCCAGAUGAAGGAGCUCUGGUGAAAGGAGCCAAAGGUCUGGGCUUCGUUUUCACAGCAAGGACUCCUGGCUCAGUUAUCAUGGAAGCUAGGGGGAAGGAGAAGAGCUUUGAGCUGCUGAAUGUGCUGGAGUUUUCAAGUAACCGUAAGCGCAUGUCUGUAGUGGUCCGAACCCCCGAUGGGAAACUGCGUCUGUACUGCAAGGGAGCAGAUAAUGUGAUCUUUGAGCGUCUCACUGAUGCGUCUCAGUACAAAGAGUUGACCAUGGCACAUCUGGAACAGUUCGCCACCGAGGGUCUGCGGACUCUGUGUUUCACCUAUGUUGAUCUGGAGGAGGGGUUAUAUCGGGAGUGGCUGAAGGAGUACACUCGGAUUAGCACUAUCAUUAAAGACCGGGCCCAGAAACUAGAGGACUGCUAUGAACUGCUGGAGAAGGUAAGGGUUAAGGUUGGGCUUAGCGGUUAG